CAUCCGAACCAAAAGUGGAGUAAACUUUUUCGUCUACUUGCUCUUCGCUUCAAUCUCAUGGGAUUUCUCGACGGCACCACUAUUGCCGCCUCCUCCGACGACGUUGAAUGGCUCCAGUUCGAUGCCCUCCUUCAAGGGUGGAUUCUCUCCACUAUCACUGACGAGGUUUCAGAUCUUGUUCUCGCCAACAGCCCCUCCGCUCAUUCUCUCUGGACAGCGAUCUACAAAUUAUUUCAUGACAACAAACAUGCUCGGGCGAUGCAAUUGGAGCAUCGUUUUCGCACAACCGUCAAGGGAAACCGGACGAUCAAUGAAUAUUGUCAUCUCCUCAAAAAUCUUGCCGACUAUCUCGAUGAUGUGGAUGCUCCGGUGACCGAACAUGCCUUGGUUUUACAGGUUCUUCAGGGGUUGCCGCAAGACAUACAAGGCCAGGUCACUUUUCUUCAGUAUCAGACUCCUUUUCCGACUUUUUUGGAGGUCCGUUCGGCCCUAUUGCUCGUCGAACAACAACAAACCGACGCCACCCAUGGCACCGGCUCAUCGACGGCACUCCUCAGCACUGGCAGUGGCGGCGGGUCUCUAGCAGCGGGCGGUCAGCAGCGGCAGGCAGGGGUCCUGGGCGCGGCUAUGGUAGUCAAUCUCGACCCUUCAACAGUGGAAACCGCGGACGGGGACGUGGCCGUGGUCGUGGCGGCUCGAAUCAGCGACAACCCAUUGUUCCAGUUGAGAUGGGAGGGAAACGUUUAGAAAAAAUUUACACAUAUGAAAUGGUGCAAACAUACUUGCCAAUACCAUGCAGCUGUGUCACAUGAGUCCAGCUAUCUUGCAAAUAUUCCUUUGAGAAUGUUUUAAGCGUAGCUGCCCUCCUAUUCUGAAGGCCUAAAGGUCUUAACACUUUCACAAGAGCCUCAAUGGGAACUUCUGUAGUGGUGUUUGCAUUUGGACACAAAGUGAAUAGCGUCGGUAACACUUGAGAAACCUACAUGGACUCGGACAAUAUAAGCGAUUGUUUGCAUUCAAAUUCGUAACAUAUUGGAAAAUGAAAAAAAACUGUAUUA